CGUAAACCUCGUUAGCUGGGCUGGUUUGUGUGAGAGAAGGACUGAAGGAGAUCUGUUUCUGGUUAGCUGUGGGUUAAUAUUAUGCGAAAGAUGCUAACCAUCAUUUCUAACGUUCUGAGGGGCAGCGCCAGCAGGAACGGAGCCGAACUGGUAUCAGAGUCCUCCACUCUCCGGGCCGUUCUGCAGCUCCUGGCGAUCCAGAGCGAAUAUGCUAAUUUGACCGCUCCACAUGAUCAUGAUCCCGACCCCCUUUUACACUUAAAAGAUGCACAACCCCACAGCCCUUUAGCUUCACCUCCUCUAACACAGAUACCUCCUGCAGAAUACAAAGAUUUAGGACACACUAGCAGUGGCCAGGCUUUAGGACACUUGGGGCCACACAACAGACCUCUGACAGAUGUUGUUUCCUCUGAGGCUAUAGCUCAGAAAGGAAGUUACGUGGAACCGCUCAUGACCAGUGGUUCAUCCAUCUCAGAAGAAAUAAACGUGGUUCCUCCACUUACAGAAAGAGUAUCAGAAAAAGAAAAACCUAUAUUUGAAAAGAUCAUCAGUCCCGUUAUAGAUGUUCCUCCAUCACCUGCCCUAAUUACAGUUAAGUUGCCUAACCCAGCCGCCAGUCCAGCACAGUUAUCCCCUGCAGUAGCUAACAGCAGUUCCAGCGUAACCAGCACAGACCCCCACUGUCCCCCACCAGCCGAGAGCCUCCUGGGCCUUGAUAAUUCCUUCCCAGAGAUCACCCACAGCCUGGCUGGAGAGACUCCCUUUCCAGAGCCACAGCUUGCUGUGAGUACUGGCAGCCCCUAUAUUAAAAUUACAUACUGUCUCUUUCAUAUGUAUAUAUAUAUAUAUAUAUAUAUACACACACAGCUUAACAUCAUUUUAACCCUCCUUAUGGUGUAUUGCAUGUCCCUUCCACUUUACCCAGAGCACUUGCAUACUCCAACUCACAAUGCAUCGGCCGAUGACACUUCAAUCACUAAACAGAUUGUUCUUCUACAAACUUUAUUUAAAUGUGACGUACACAAGCUGGAGGAGGGCCCUCCACUGCAGGCUGUGCUUACAAGAGAGGAGGGGCUUCAGUACUACCGCACGAUGCAGACCAUAAGACGUAUGGAGCUCAAAGCCGAUCAGCUCUACAAGCAGAAGAUCAUCAGGGGCUUCUGUCACCUUUAUGAUGGACAGGAAGCGUGUGCGGUUGGUAUUGAGGCAGGUAUCAAUCUAUCAGAUCAUCUAAUCACAGCCUAUCGUGCCCAUGGGUAUACUCUCACUAGAGGGGGCACCGUUCGUGAGAUCAUGGCAGAGCUCACUGGUCGUAGAGGAGGCAUUGCUAAAGGAAAGGGUGGGUCUAUGCACAUGUACACUAAACAUUUUUAUGGAGGAAAUGGAAUUGUGGGAGCUCAGGUGCCUCUUGGGGCAGGUGUAGCUUUGACCUGCAAAUACCUGGGCAAGAACGAGCUGUGUGUCUGUCUCUAUGGUGAUGGUGCUGCAAAUCAGGGUCAGAUCUUUGAAACAUAUAAUAUGGCAUCUCUGUGGAAGCUGCCCUGCAUCUUCAUUUGCGAGAAUAACAAAUAUGGCAUGGGUACUUCUGUGGAGAGAGCGGCGGCUAGUACUGACUACUACAAGAGAGGCGAUUUCAUCCCUGGAUUGAGAGUGGAUGGCAUGGACGUCCUUUGUGUAAGGGAGGCCACCAAAUUUGCUGCUGAACACUGCAGAUCAGGAAAGGUGAGCUCUGCCAUUACUGAUUUGUGCUCCUCCCCAUAUGUGACAACCUUUGCUCUCCUUAUCCACUGUUCCCAUAGUUAUCGCACACGUGAUGAGAUCCAGGAGGUGCGCAGUAAGAGUGACCCCAUCUCGAUGCUGAAGGAUCGCAUGCUGAGCAACAACAUGGCCAGCGUGGAGGAGCUUAAGGAGAUUGAUGUGGAGGUAAGGAAGGAGAUUGAAGAUGCCGCUCAGUUUGCCACCACAGACCCUGAGCCUCCACUGGAUGAUCUUUGCAACCACAUCUUCUACAAUGACCCUCCUAUGGAAGUGCGUGGCACCAACCCCUGGACCAAGCUCAAGUCCGUCAGCUAAAUCGUUUUCCUUAUCAUCCCAAGUCCCCUCCUCUUCCUACCAGUACACCCUCUCCUGUUGAAGCGCACAGCAAAAUAUGAUCACCUCUGAUGUUGCUAUAGGUUUCAUAGACAGUUAUUGGGAAACUCAGCCAAAUCUCUCAGCCACAUUGAGAUAAGUUGCCUCAUUUCACAUGUUAUCAUUGCCUUGUUUUCUUGUUGUCUUCACCAAUCAACAACAUAGCGGUAUUUAACUUGGAAUUAUCGGGACUUUUCAAAUGUCUCCAAUGCCACUAUUGCUUAUUACCCAGUGUCCAUGCCAUGGCAGAAUAUUUAGCUCAUGUCCAUACAUCACAAACACCUACCAUUGUUGGUCUGUGUCAACACACACACACACACACACACUUCUCUCACUUUAUAUAUCAGCAGGAGUGUGUUUUGGCUAAGGUGUCUGAAAUGCAGUCCUAAUUUGACAAAAUAUUUAAAGGGAAAAGUUUUGACAUUUCUAAAUUAUAAAUCUGUGUGGCCAUAUUACAAACGUUUUUGGAAUAUUUAAUUUCGGUUGUAUUUUAACACUCUUCCAACACUCUGAGUGUUUUGAGUGUUUAAUAAAACGCAACAAUAAAACAAGAUUUAAAAUAAACAGCUGAAAAUGUGGCUUUAGAAUGGGAAACGAUUAAUAGAUUUUUACCCUCUCACUCUCUUCAAUUUUUAUUUAAAACAGGACUUUUGUUUU